UUUGUUCUUUCUUUCUUUCGUCGUGCGACCAGUUGUGUGCUUGUCCUCUCGUAGAGCUAAGGUCAUAUUGACGACUUGCACCAAUUAUUAAGUUCCAUCCGACGUUAAGUAAAUAAAUUUUAAACAUAAAAAAAUGACGACCGAGACCGAGCUUGCAUGCGUUUAUUCCGCAUUGAUUCUCGUCGACGAUGAUAUCGCCGUAACGGGAGAAAAAAUACAAACCAUCUUGAAAGCUGCAAACGUUAACGUUGAAUCUUAUUGGCCAGGGCUUUUUGCCAAAGCCUUGGAAGGUAUCAAUGUUAAAGAAUUGAUCACUAAUAUUGGAUCUGGUGUUGGUGCCGCACCUGCAGGAGCUGGAGCUCCUGCUGCUGCAGCACCUGCCAGCACAGAAGCUGCACCAGCUAAAGAAGAAAAGAAGAAGGAAGAACCUGAAGAGGAAUCGGACGAUGAUAUGGGCUUUGGUUUAUUCGACUAAGCUCAAGGAUCGCACUACGUUGGUCCAUUCCAUUUGUAUGUACAGUUAUAUUGUACAAUAAAUAAAACAUUUUGACAAAGAUAUA